AUGGUCACGUGUCUGGUCGCCCUGCUGAGCGCUGCCGUGGCGUGCGGCGCGGCGCCGCGGCCCCAGGUCGCCGUGGGCGGUCCCCUGCUGCCCCUCGCGCUGUCCGCCGGCCACGGCCCGGUGCUCCUGCUGCCCCACCUCGGAGUCCCGGGAGCCCGGUCGAGACCCCUCCUCGCCGGCCACUUCCUCCGAGCACUCGGAGACUCUCCGUUCCGACAAUCAGCGAGGGAACAUCCUGCGACGCCUUCCCGUAGAGCCAGCGUGGCCACGGAGCAGGAGGUCCAGAGCAGAGCCAGGACAUCCCCCCUCCAGCAGAGCGCAGGUCCUGGCCUUGUCGGGAAGGACGUCUCUCAAGGACAGGAGCAGUCCAGCGGCGCGAGGGGCUUCGCGCGCCAGCAGGUCACGAGCGGGCCCCAACGGACUCCCGGGGUCCUCGACGACACCCCCACCCCCGCCGGGACUAUGCUCAUCAGAGACCAGGAGUUGGGAAAUGGAACCCGAAACUUUGUCCCCCAAAGUAUCUUUGAUUCUUUAAUGGAUGACUCCCUCACUGAAAGUAACGUUCUUAGCGUUGAAGAACUAGACAGCCAGGGGAGGAAUUUCUUGCGCCAACAGGUCAGCAGUGACCCUCAGCUGAUCCCCAGGACAUUCGGAAACACCGCAGGAUCGAGGGCUUUCACAGAUCAAGAUGGUGGAAGUGGAGCUCGUCUUUUCUUUCCCCAGAACAACAUUGAUCCUUUCACGGAUGGCCUUCUCAGCAGGAGUAACGCUCUUCAAGGUCAAGAGAUAGAAGACAGCAGGCAAAUCUCUAAUGAGCCUACAAUGUUUAUGAGUAUGCCCGACAGAAACUUCGGUUCAAGGGUAAUCACUGAACAGGAUGCUGGAUUUGGAGCUAGAAACCUUCUUCAGCAGAACAACCUUGAUUAUCUUACCAACGGUGGGAAUGGUGUUCCGCAGGUUCAAGAGCUCGACAGUACUAGAAAUACAUUGCCACAGCAGACAACUGGUGAACCUCAACAGGUCCCCCGGUAUUUCGGAAACAAUGUCGGUUCGCAGGUGAACUCAGACCAGGAGGCAGAAGGGGGAGACAGGGGUUCCUUCCGUCAGCAGACGGACGUCCAGCCUCAGUUGGGGCUCGGAACUCCGAACAGAGGCUUCGAUCCGGCUCUGGGAUCGGGCCAGGAGGCCGGAGCUCGUGCGAGAACUUCCUUCAGCCAGCAGACGAGUAGUCGACCCCGGGUCGUGUAUGAUGCCCCUCCCGGUCAGCUGAGCGGCGGUGCCCGGGGGUUCCCUGGCCUGGACAUCUUCGGAGCCCGCGGUCCAGAACAACCGGCCUUCUUCAGUGACAACACUCUGGACGCUGAGGACGGGAGUCGUGAUCGAUACAACCCGUCGCCAGAGUCCCUCGGUGGGCUCCCGGAAGACAUCGCCAUCGAGGCCUUCGACGACACGAGGUUCAGGAGCAGCCGGCCGAUGGGCGGGGCCAGGCUCCAAGGAGGAGACGGCUUCUUGGGCAGGACGAGGAGUUCCCUGCAGCUUCCCGACGACCGUCUGCAACAGUUCCCGGCGGAGGUCGUGGGCGACUUCCGCUUCCCAGAGGGCGUAGCGUCCGCCCUCGCCGACGUCAUGUCCGGGCAACAGCAGUACAGCGUCAGCUUCGAGGGGGCGGGCUACGGCUACGGCUACUCCGUGCGGGCGGACGGCGGGUCCAGUCGCCAGGCGUCGAGCGCCGGCGCCGCCUCCACAGAGACGCCGUGACGUCAGCAGACGCCUCCGAGCUGCGUCCCACGGAGCUUGUAUAUAACCAUUGUAACUGUGUGAAAUAUAUCAUCUUACUCAACCCGCAA